CCAAUGGAUGUGGAGGACAGGAUAAAAGCAACACAAAGAGCAGAACCCCUUCAGUUGAGAAAAUAAAUGAAAGCUAUAGCUACCUGAGCAGCAUGCAGCUGUUGGGGUUGGAUGAGGGCCAGGAGGGGGAGGAGAGUACCUCAGACCCCGUCACAGCCAGGGGAGCCUACCUGUCACUCCUCUACCUUCGACACCUCAAGAUCAGGGAACUGCAGCGCAUCUCCCUAGGCAUUCUAAACUACCUGAGGUCUAUAGAGAGAACCCUGACCUUUGACACAGCUGGGAUGCAUGUGGAGGGAGGAGGAGCAUGUGGAGGAGGAGGAGCAGGAGGACCAAGAGGAGGAGGAGCAGGAGAAGGAGGAAGAGCAGGAGGAGGAGGUGGAAGGAAAGCAGGAGGGGAAGCAGGAGGAGGAGGUUUGGUCAGCAGCACUGAGGAGUCAAGCUGGAUGAAUGCCAAGGGGUACAGUGGGACAGUAGGAGGUCUGGGCUCUCACCUCUACAGCCACAACACUCCGGUUGACUACAAGGUUCACUGUUCAGAGUUCAUGGAGUACCCAGAGGUGGAGAAUCUUCAUGAUUUCUACACCACUGAGGAGAGAUAUGUCCACACCCAGGACCAGAGAGGGCUCUACGUGGUGUACGACGUGGCUCUGAAGGACCUGGAGGAGCUGGAAGACACACUGACUCUUCUGGGCUCACACUACAUCCAAAGGAGUAGUAGUAGGGCCAAGGGUCAGUCUGAUGGCAGCAGGGUCAAGGGUCAGUCUGAGAGGUCACACAGCUCUGCUACAGCAGACCUCCACUCUUCCUGGAGUCAGACAGAUGUGGAUAGAGUUGCAGUUCUCCUAGACCUGUGGACGUGUGAAGUUGCUUUUUUGGAGAGUAAAGUGCAGCUGUUGAACUGCUACAUUGACGCCUACCAGCAUGUGACAGGACCAGAGGAGAGGUUCUCCUUGGCUCAGGUCAUCACAGACAUCAUGCACAGAAGGCCUCGGCUACACCUGGACAUGGGAGCAGAGUACUUUGUUCAGGCCUACCGGGCAGAGAUGGUCUGUAUGCAGACACACCAGCAACUCGUCAGAACCGUGCUGGACAACCAGAUAGAUCGUCAGCGGGAGUACCUCCAUCGGGUGUGGAGAGGAGGUCAGGGACAGGGAGCUACUCCUUGUGACUAUGGUCUUCCUCCUAACUAUGCGGCCAAACAUCUGGUGUCCCUCGGUGGUGGCAGUCCUGCCCUGAUGAAUGUGUUCCUUUUGGAGGUGCACCACUCCCUAAGCCUGGCCUCUGAAAUGUACCAGGUCCUGACCAAGGCUCACACUGAGCUCUGCCAGCUCCACCGUGCCAGGGGGGUGACUGAGAGAGUCACCCUGGAACAGAGGCUCCUACAGCAGGCUCUGCAGCACUGGCACUCCCUGGAUCCUCCCGGGGCCUACUAUAGCUCUCAAAUUCAAAAGGAUUUGUUUUCAGAUGUGUUCAUGGAGGACCCAUCCCUGGUCCGAGCGGUGGGGGUUUCUCUGAUCAGGUCGGCUGAGGAGCAUGGCAUGAAGCAGGGAAAGGAGAAACAGUUCUUUGCUGUGGAAACUUUCUCCAAGCUGCUGGAGAUAGUCACCAUCCGCCAUCGCCUCAUGGAGUCAGCAGCAGAGACUGCACAUCUGGCACAGUUAUACAAAACACAAGCUCUGGAGCUGGGCUUUGAUGAUUUCCACCUGUAUGUGCGUCCGGUGCAGUUUGAGUUUGCUGUCCAGAGAGACACGGCAGAUCAUAGACCUCUGUUUGUUACGGCGCUACUGCAGGACGACAGCUUGAUGGACAGGUACACUCCAUCUAAGUUUCCACUGAGCAUCCAGGAGCUUGAUGAGAACCAGAUUGGAAAAUUCAGCUUCUACUCUGAAGAGGCAGUAGUGGAUCUCAUGAACAGGUCAGCCAUAGAAAACCUACAGGUGACACUAGCCUGUCAGGUGACUCAGAAGAACGCUCUGAUUGGUGCAGUGAAGCAGGCGUGUCUAUGUUAUUGGUCAGAGACUUUCACAGGCUCUCCAGAGGAGGAUCUUAGUUCUAGUGGCGACGCAAACUCCUUAGCUAAGCAGGGUCACAAAGUUCACAAAGAUACAAGUGAACCAAAGAGAACUGGUGCAGGAACCAAGGAGAGGCUGACUGAGGCGUUUGUCUCCAUCCAGCUGGAGAAAGUGGGUCCACGAGAUGAGAUGUUGAACUCUUUCAUAAAGAGGAGACAGAUCAUGGGUGUUGUGAUGAUGAACCCUGAUGAAGUAGCGAAAAUCAAGAGGGGGCUGAUUAUUGAGUUCUGUCGAAAAUUCAGUGUGCGUAUGUCCCAGUGUUUUGUGAGAGGGCAGAUUAUAGGCCUGUACCACAGCCUGACCACCUUAUUGGACGAGCUGCCAGACAUCCGCCAGUCCCACUUCCUGAUUGGCCAGGACCAUGAGUUGAAAAGCGAUAUGGACUCAGGACUAGGCGUUCGCCCUGACCCCAGGAAGUUCCAGCGUCGUCCCAGGCGCCUGCUGUCAGCUGACGGCAGAAUGUUCCUCAACCUGUGGUUCAUCCCCCACUACACAGAGGUUCUCCUCAUGUUCAGAACCCUGGAGGACUCGGCAUGUAGCCGGGCUCUUCACCAUAGUCUGGAGAUAGUGUCUGCCCUGCAUGACAUCAUCUAUUACCUGGUCAGUUUCGCUCGACUUGGGAACCCAGGAGUCUUCAGCUCCAGGAGAGGAGGGGGAGCAGGAGGAGGAGAGCUUACAGCUGACUGGGGCGGCACUGAAGGCAUCGGUGCGGAGCUGUGGGAGGUCCAGAGACAGGUCGACUCUCUGUGUGACCCUGGUAGCCCUGAGGCUGUGGGUCGGCUGCUGCAACUACGGAGACACGUGCUCUUCUUGCAGUAUGACACCGCUGUGAGGCACCUCAUCAGAGAGGCGUUUCUCUCCUCUGGUAACAUCGUAGCCUAUCAGAGCGUGAGUGACAACAUGGGACACGCCCUCCCUGCGCUGAGUGACAGCGUCAGAACCAAUCACAGUUCUCUACUGUCUUUACCAGAACCAAUGGAGCCUCACUGCCCCCGGGCUCAAAGGAUGUACCCAUGGAGAAGUUUUCUGGCGUGUCAUGGAUUGCACCCUGUAGACAUUUGGGGCAUCCCACCCAUUGAGUACUGCAUGCAGCUGUGUCUGAGUGGGCUGGGUGACCACAGCAGGAUGGAGGCCAAUGGAGCGAUCCUGGGCAUGUCUCUACUAAUGGAGGAUGUCCUGAACAGCGGAGGGAGGGGGGCAGCACCGCUACGUCUCCAUGACAACAAGGUGGAGGUCUCACGUGGAAAGCCUGAGGAAGAGGAUGGUAGCAGUAUGGAUGACAGUGUUGAUGACGAAGGUGAUGAAGAAGAGAAGGGGUUCUCCUCUGGUCCCCUCCAGGACCCUCUCCAGGUGCUGUCUGUGUUGAAGGGGUUCCUGCUUCUAACCAAACAGCUGGAGGUGUUUAAGGAGAGCUGGGGAAGGAGACAGCUAGGGGUGGAACAGAUCAAUACCAUGAAGAUCCACAGGCACUUCUCAAGACUCUACAGAGCAGACAUCGAGUACCCCAGUAUGAGAGCCCUGGCUCAACAGAUGGGUAAACAGAAGGACUUUGAGGCUCUGCUGUCUGACAACCAGCCUCUACUGCCUCCUGCAGGAGCCUCCGAAGUUCACAUCAAGACAUGCCAAUUGCUCAGGCUGCUGGAGAGUACAGAGUGUGAUAUGAUCCGAGCGGUACAGAGGAGGAUCACCAGAGAGCUGACCCUGGUGACUUCAGAGCGGGCACGCCAAGACACAGGCCUCCCCACAGAGUUGUGGAAGCAAGGCCCCAUGAAGCACAGUCUGUCCCCAGAGAGACCUCAGAUAGUGGAGAACUUCACCCAGCAGCUAAUGGAGUGUGCUGAGCAGACAGAGGAGGGACAGCUGACCUUCCCCACGGCCCACCUCCAGCGGUGUCUGUCCACUCUGGGCUGUUCUGUGAUGGAGAGAGAACGCAGUAGCUUCCUCCUCUACUCCCAGUUCUAUGAACAGAUCCUACAGCAGGAGAGCCAGCUGCUCUACCGCAGAGAACAGGAUGUGAAGAACCUUGAGGAGUCCCAGACCAUCAACCCUUACAGCGAGGUCAGUGGGCUCUGUCGUGGGAUGAUGUUGCAGACCACAGCCCUGCAUACCCGGAUCACCCAACUGGAGGAGGAACAGAGAGGUCUGGAGCAGCAGAUCAGCCUCAAAUACAGACAAUGCUAUGACUCCCUGGUCCGACAUCUUUUCUCCACCUGCAUUCAACUGAAGGCCAGGAUUGAUGAGUACCAUGUGCGAAUGGACCAGGAUGUUACUCAGCUGGUGAGCAAAGUGAGGAGAGAGGGAGUGGAUAACAUCAUCAAGCUGAAGAAGUUUGGCUCCACUAAAGGCAAUGAAGCUCUUCUUACGACACAGUCGGAGAAGCAGGAGCUCCACGACCUGAGCGUGGAGAACAGUCAGCUGACUGGCCUGCUGUCUAAGGUGAAGGCACUGGGCCACUGGAGACAGGUGGUUGGACAGGGCAAGCUGCACCGUAGAUUGCUCCACAGCCAGCAGAGGGAGAUGUCCUGUCAGAGGGAGGCCCUGAGAAUGAAGAUGAUGUCAGAGGAUGAAGUGAUCGUACUGAAGCAGGAACUGGAGGUCACUCAGAGGGCCAUGACACAGUGUCAGAUGGAUUACAACCGCACCAAGAGACUGCUCACCAAACAGAGCGCAGAGCUCCAUGAGGUGAGGCAUCGCUCUGUUCAGGAGGCCCAGAGCAGACAGGAGCUGGACAGCUACCGCCUGCAGAAACUGGAGCAGCUGAAAGAGGGUGUGGGGGACAGAGACAGACAGCUCCGAGAUCUCAGUAUUCAGCUGGACAGGAGCAGCAGAGAGAGACAGCUACUGAGACAACGCAGUGCCAAAGACAUCAGACAGGUGAAGGGCCAGCUUCAUCAGGAACGCAGCCUCAAACAGAAGGCUUUCCAGAGGGUGGACAAGCUGCAGAGCCAGGUGGAGGACGUUGAGACGGCUCUCUCCAGGUGUACCUCCACACCAGGGCGAAGCAAGACAUCCUGUUACACUUUCCUUCACAACAGAUCCAGCAUCAGAAAUCCAGAACACGCUGGCCCACAGCAGGACGAUAGCAAGAGGGAUUCUACCACCCAGCUGGAGAGACCCAAAACAGACCCAUCUCGCCUGCGUAUCCUCACCACUGAGGCCCUGCUUCCAAACCUCACUGAUGGAGGCCCAACCUCCUCCAGUCUCCUCACACACCUUCAGCAGCUGAGACUCAACCAUCAGUAGAAAUGAUGCUGUUCUUGUAGAAAAAUGUCAACCAUGUUGUAGCAAGUAAUGAAAACAAACGUUUAUUGGUAAUGAAAAUGAUCUAGAUGAUACACAGUAUGUGAAGGACCUUUAUACACUUGGGCCGCUAAAACAAGAAACAAAAACAUUGUAAAACAGUUGUAAGACACCUUGUUUAAAGCUAUAACUUGGUGUGAUCUCAUUGUUGCAGAUACUACCAUACAAAUGUAGUAAUACAAACCAAAUAUAAAGAGUUGUGACGGAACUACAUAGGCCCAGUGUAUCCAGGCUCAAUACACACACAACCUUUAGAAAGGUUAUUGUAGAGGAAACAUAACCUUACAUUUUAUGGAUAAAUUAGGUUUUUAAUAAUGACCGUUAAUCUCUUCACUCACAUGCAGGAAACAUUUUUUGAAAAUAAAUCUGACUCGAGCAGAAACAUGGCUAGUCUGGUCUCAGAUCUGUUUAUGCUGUUUUGCCAACUCCUACAGUCAUCGGUAUUUAACAACCAUCAGACUUGGCUAAAAAGCACAAACUUAUCUGGGACCAGGCUAUAAUGUGGGGAUGAUCAAUAGGUUAAAUCUGAGCAGUCUGUAAUAUUUGUGGCAUGUUCAUCACAUCAGAAACUACACCAGAUAAUAGAAAAACAAUUCUAUAAAAAAAAGGAUUGCAUGGAAGAAUACAAAAAAACAGAUGAAAGUUGAGAGUUCUGACAAUACAAAUAAAAGAUCAUAAAACACACUCAGUUAACUUCCAAAAUAUGCAUCAAACCUAACACACACAUGGAUUAUUUCACCAUAUCAAAAUGUUUCAAACUAUUCAUUCGGGGUGCUAAUCAUGUUUUCAAUAAUGCAAAGUUUGCACCGGUCUUUCCCCCCAAAAUGGAAUAAAACUGUAGAACAAACUGUACAGUGAUUCAGAGGAAGAGAACUUAAGGUAAAAUAAAGAAAUGGUUUGUCUUUUACUUUUUUAAAUUUUUAUAACAGAUGCAAACAGUGCCCUUAAGACCCAAGUCUGGCCCUCAAUUUCUACAACAGAAUCUUAGACCCAUGAAUUAAGGCUGGACUCCAAUCCGAUUACACUUUGUCCACAAUGUGCCAUUUAAUUGAGCCGACAUAUGCAGCGUUUACCAGGAAUACGAGCGCCAAACAUUGCCUUUAAAAGCCGCAUUGUCUACAACUUGUGAUCGGAUUGAAUCCCAGCCUUAAGUUCUACAGCACAAUCUUAGACCGAAUAAUUAAAUCUUGUUCUACACACUUCCAAAUCCAAACAGAUUUUCAACUAAUAUUCAAAUCAGAGAAAAUCAAGUCAAACGAUAGGUAGGUUAUUGAUAAUUAUAAGAUCUAUUGAGGACAUGGAAGUUAAUGUGUCAGUACCAACACUGCCAUAGAACAUCAAUAAUACUGAACGGUAUAUCAGUCCUAUGACUAACCACACUCUAUAACCACAACUUUAAAGUGACGACUGGUAGAUUAGUGUAUCUUUUACACAUGAGCCUGAUUCACACUAUAGAGCCGAACCAAAAACCAAGCAGAGCUGUACAGUAUGGUUUGUAAAGCAGGAAAUACAGUACAAGUAAUGGCCAGCACUUACUGAUUCAGCUUCACCUCUGCAUCCCAAAUGGCACCCUAUUCCCUUUAUAGUGCCCUAAAUGGGCCCUUGUCAAAAGUAGUGCACUAUAUAGGGGAAUAGAGUGUUAUUUUGGAGGCAGAAAUGUUUUACAAACCCUGAGACACAGCAGGCAACUUAUGAGCAGUGUCUACGUAGUGCCAAGAGGAAAAUAAAGAGAAACACUAAUAUGACAACUUAUAGACAGGACCAUGGUUGAUCAUUAGUUGACAUGAUCAGUUUCAACAUAUCAACCCUCAUCCCCAGAAGCUACGGUAUGCCCACGUUCCCUGACCUGCAGGAUUCACUGGACUUGAACAGAUCAAUAACUAGAAUUCACACAAAUGUUUUUCACAGAAGUACCAUUUUUCUCAAAUGAGGAAAGUAGAUAAAGACAACCAAAUCACCCUUCAUUUAACCAGCCAACAUUGUUGUCCGGUCUGAUACUGGUUGUGGAGUUAAAUAGCUACAUAGUAAAUGUUCCAUUCUGAUAAUGGCCUGUAGUGUGGACAUUUUAAGUUUGGUCUGAAUCUUAAAAUUCAGAUAAGGUAAAUUACAUUAUCCGCUAACUGAAACCAUGAUCACCCUAAGUAUGUAAAACCGUGCACGACAAUAAGAUAUUGUAAAUCGCUCUAGCCGGGUGUCAAUGAGAAAUCGCUUUAUUAAAGAUCUUCGUCAGAACCCUCUUAUGACCAGAAAUCAAGUGUUUAUCAUAAGUUAAGGCUCCACUUUCUUUCGUUGUCAAUGUGGCACAGUACUGACUUUGCUAGUUAUUCAUAUAAAAAUAAAGUAACAUUUGUUUUAUUUACACAUUGACAGAGUAUGUAAAAGUUAAAUAAUCGCUUCAGUACAUUGGUAACAAUAUGAAAUUACAAAGUUCCAUUGAAAACAAUUCAGCAUCUUUCUGUCAAGACUGGAAGAAAGCAGCAUUUUGUAUGUGCUUAUUAUAGAGCAGGGUUAGAGUCCAUUUCAAUUCAGUAAGAAGAACUUCCUGAAUUGAUUUAAAUGAAAAUAGUCCGAAAUAGCACCCUAAUUCCUACAUCUCAAUUUUAGUAAUUUAGCAGACGAUCUUAUCCAGAGCGACUUAUAGGAGCAAUUAGGGUUAAGUGCCUUGCU